AUGUUUCCGCUUCACAAAGGAGCGGAGCUAUUCUUGGCAAUAGCGAUUCUAGCAUUAUGGAGCAGCAAUGAAUCACUGGCAGCCGACAACAACCAGCGUGUCGUUUGCUACUACACGAACUGGUCCGUCUACCGACCGGGCACGGCGAAGUUUACGCCGCAAAACAUAAACCCAUACCUCUGCACGCAUCUGAUCUACUCGUUCGGCGGUUUCACGAAGGAGAACACGCUGAAACCGUACGACAAAUAUCAGGAUAUCGAGCAAGGUGGCUUUGCGAAGUUUACCGGCCUGAAGACGUACAACAAAAAUCUGAAAACCUUGCUUGCGAUCGGUGGUUGGAAUGAAGGUUCCUCCCGGUUCUCCCCGUUGGUGGCGGACGCGGAACGACGCAAUCAGUUCGUGAAGAAUACGAUCAAAUUUUUGCGCCAGAACCAAUUCGACGGGCUCGAUCUCGACUGGGAGUAUCCGGCAUUCCGCGAUGGUUCGAAGCCGAAGGAUCGGGAAAACUACGCGCAACUGGUGCAGGAGCUGCGCGAGGAGUUUGAGCGCGAAUCGUCGAAAACGGGCCGACCGCGAUUGCUGCUGACGAUGGCGGUACCAGCCGGUAUCGAAUACGUCGAAAAGGGUUACGAUGUGCCGAAGUUGAACAAGUAUCUCGAUUGGUUCAAUCUGCUCUCCUACGAUUAUCACAGUGCGUACGAACCGGCUGUAAAUCAUCAUUCCCCGCUGUUUUCGCUGGAGGAAGCGUCUGAGUACAACUUCGACUCCGAGCUGAACAUUGAUUACAGUGUAAAGUUCUACUUGAAAGCUGGAGCAGAUCGGGAGAAGCUUGUGCUGGGUAUUCCGACGUACGGCCGAUCGUACACGCUGUACAACCCGGACGCUACUGACAUUGGAGCACCCGCCGACGGUCCUGGAGAGCAGGGUGAUGCAACGCGCGAGAAGGGCUACCUCGCGUACUACGAGAUCUGUUCGAACCUGAAGGAAAGCGCUGACUGGACGGUGGUCCAACCAAAUCCAAAGGCAAUGGGACCGUACGCCUACAAGGGCAACCAGUGGGUCGGCUACGACGAUGAAGCAAUCGCCCGCCGUAAGGCGAAGUACGUCGCUGAGAACGGGCUCGGUGGUAUCAUGUUCUGGUCGAUCGAUAACGAUGACUUCAGAGGUACCUGUCACGGCAAACCGUACCCUAUCAUUGAGGCCGCCAAGGAAGCACUGUUGGCCAGCACAGAAGUGGGCAUAAACGAUGUUGCUUCAGCGGGCAGACCGCGGAAACCGAAUCGUUCGCGCAGUCGCCCCGGUUCGGCAACGCGCAACCGUGUGAAUACGGACAACAAUAACGAAAUUAAGGCAUCGUUCAAAACAUCUCAAGGGCGUAAGGUAGCCAGGCCGGUACGUGUUACCACGACCAGCACCACCACCACGACCACGACGGAAGAUUCUUUGUACAUUGGCGGAAGAACCACCACCCCGCAACCACCAACCACUCCUGAUCCAGGAGCAGACUUUAAAUGCGAGGAUGAAGGUUUCUUUCCGCAUCCACGGGAUUGCAAAAAAUACUUCUGGUGUCUGGAUAGUCCCAGCCUUGGUUUGGUAGCGCAUCAGUUCACCUGCCCGUCCGGGCUAGUGUUUAACAAGCUUGCCGAUUCGUGCGAUUACGCGCGUAAUGUGAUCUGCUCCAAGACCGUCGCAACCACAUCAACCACUAGCACCACCAGUACCACGACGACGGUGGCGACACCCACAACUUCAACCACACAGCGGCCCCGCAUUACGGUACCCACCAAUCGGAACAACUUCUUCAACCGUGGAACGUUUACCACCACGACCACGACCGAGCCGACCGUGGAGGUGGACUACUCCGAUGAAGAUAACACCGAAACACAGCCGGAAGAGGAUCCCAAGGUGAUCAAGGAGCUGAUUGCGCUGAUCAAAAAGGUCGGUGGUAUUGAGGAGCUGGAGAAGCAGCUGCAGGCCCAGGAGGAUGGUUCCAUACUGCUGAAGGACGCGGAAUCGGAUCAGAUAUCAACGACCGCACCGACCAUAAGCAAAUCCCUGUACGAGCGUGUGCUGAGCCGCACUGGAAACGUGGGGCAAAAGUUCCGCCCGGCAAUCACAUUUACCCAGCAGGAUAAGACCGGUUCGCUGCCGGAAAACAAAUACUCGUCCGUGGUGCGCAACUCGUACACGAACAGUCGCGUUGGGCCACAGAAUGAAGGGCUCGACCAGUUGCCCGAGUUCGAGGGAGUGUUCCGCGAAAAGCCCAAAUACGUAACGCUGCAGCGGGUGCGCCCCACGAAGGCAACAUCGAUCGAGGAUCGGUACGACGACGAUGACGAUAUUGAUGAGGAAGAGAAUCAACCAUCUACGUUUGCCACCAACAAACCGACCUCGGUUCCGAAGUAUGUCAGCAUUAGGCGCCAGCGUCCGACAACGAUUGCCGAGCAGGAGGGUGAGGUAGAGGGUGAUGAUGCGGCACAGGACGAGGAUAGAGAGCCGGAGAAAUCUUCUGCCGGUGGUGCGCAGUACAAUACGGUCAAUCGGAACUGGUUCCGCAAACCGACGGAAGCAACGACUGUGGCGGAGGGUGAACCGGAGCGUUCGUCUCCAAAUCGCUACAACACCAUCGACCGUAGACGGACGACCAGCAUACCGUACACCAGCAGUAGGUUGCAGGAUGCCGAACGUGAUGAUGUAGGCACAGAUUCUUCUCUUUUGGUACCAUCUACAGACUUCCAAACCAUAUACACUACAGCUUCCACCACCACGAUCGAUCCAUCACAAUCUUCAGAACCAAACUUGAUACCUUACAGCACACGACAGUAUAGUAGUGUUGAGCGCGUUAACAGCAACACCAUUAGCAACGACAACGACCGAAGCGGCAAUAGCGAAAGUAGUAGUAGUAAUAGUAGUAACGAUAGCGAUAGUAGUACUAGCAACGGUAGCGAUACUGCUACCACCACCAAACCAACCAAUUUAGCAUUUUCAAGCGCUACAAAUGCCCCGAACAGUGACAGUAGUGCUGCCGAACUGCCGGUGCAGCAGGUCCUGUCGCAUGUCGAUUACCAGCCUAAUCCGGAGGUGACUGACACCACUGUACCAAUUGUUUCAACUUUGCACAAAACGGACGAUGGUAUUAAUAGUGACGGUUCCAAAGCAACACACAGUGAAACGACGCUAGAGGUAACCACCAUACUUAACACAGGUGAAAGCGUUACUGGUAGUAGUGUUAGCAGUCUGGACGCUGGUUUGGAGGGUAGUGAUACUUUUGCUAAUAACGAUAAGCGCUUCGAGCCACCGUACGACGGUGGUGUGCAGGGUUCCACCGACUAUGAGGCGAUCGUUACCACCACGACGACGGCCGGUGUGCCGUCUGUGUCGACGACCUCCCCGGUCCCAGCUACGGCUAGUUCCCUCACUAACGAUGCUACUUCUAACUCAGUUUUCAAAUUCACAAGAACUAGGAAACCAACGACUACCACCGCUACACUAGAACCUGUCACUAACCCUAGUCGGAAAGUUUCCCCGGGAGGUGGUGUCGCUCCGAUAAAGGCAGCGCCACGCCCAUUCGCAGCAGGCGCACGUCGCACACGUCCGACGCGCCUGCCAGAUACUGCGAACAGCUUAGCUACCGCUUCCGCACCAGAGCAAGAGUCGACGACACUCCGAUCGGUAAAGGUGAGUUUUUCCAAUGCCCAGAGAUUUGAUCUUUCAGCAAGCCGGCAGCGUAGGGUCGGCACCGCUACGCCCGAAAGUAGUGAGGUUGUAGAUGGUAGACAGGGUAAUGAGCAGCCCGCGACACGGGCAACCGUGCGCGGUAACCGGGGCCGGGUGCGGUUCCGUACCGCGGCCGAGCCGUUGGCCGCUUCCACACCGUUGUCCUACGAUGAUCCGCAAAGCGCACGUUCGGCGGACGGGGUUGUUAGCACCACCGCGCAAACGACGCGUCGCCGCUCGAGACCAUCUACCGGAGAACUGGCCGCCAAUCGGUUCGCAAUCGGUCGCACUACACCUGCCGGCUUUACGACGAGCGCACCGACGGCGGAACCGUUGACUACGGCGUCCGAUCGUGGUUCGUUACGGCGCGUUAACUUCAGCCUGUACAGUGGCCGUCGCACGAGCGAUACAGCGCCGACACCGUCGACCGAAGAGCCACGCAUAGAGACGGAAACGUACGGCAACGUGACACCGUUCGAUCAGGGAGAAGUGAAAUCGUACACACGCAUUGCGGAGGAUCCGUUCAUGACGCAGGAACGCAUCCUGCUUACGCUCGGUACCGCGUUGCGCUAUGGGUUUAGCAGUCGCAACGAGCUGACGGGCGGUACUGCGAGCCCCACCUUCCCGACGCAACCGGUGCAAGAGUUUUCAAGCACAUUGCCAUCCGUAGCACGGUCCACCUUCAGGGGUCGUCCAUUCGGGCGUGAAAAUCUGGACAAUAUGGUAAACAACGGAUUGGCGGAGAACUUGAACGAUAUGUCCACGGAACAGGCUAAUCUGCCACUCAAUGAAGAGACCGUCACACCUGACAGUAGGCUACUGAACGAGCUCACCACCGUGUACAAUGUGAAUGCGGCCGAAGUCGACACGACUACGCCACAGCCGAGAAAGCUCGUUUCGUCCAGCUUGAGAGAUCGGUACACGGCCAGCAGCACCACCGAAGCCGUCGACACCACGCUUAACGUUGUAGUGUCGGAGGUCAACACGAACAAAACCUUCAUCCCGGGACGCACACGCCCGACACGGCCGGCACGGUUGCGAACGACGCUAGAUUCUAGCACGGGAUCCACUGCUCCGGAGCAGGAAGCAACAAGAGCUCCGUCUCGUCGACCGUUCGUGCCGAGGAAGCAGCUGAACGCGGACGGUUCCAUCGGUUCCCGGUUGUCUGUCGCGGAAGAACCACUCGGCAACGAUGUGACGGAACGUGCGACGGGCAUUUCAACUACCAAACGGCAGCGUGCCAAUCGCCGCCGUACGACCACCACCGCGGCAGCUGCUACCGCCACUACCUCCACAGAGGAAAGUCCGGCCAGUAGACCACGGACCGCAUUCAACGCGGACCAACGCCGACAACGUUUGCCGGGCAAUCGGUUUUUGAAGACUUCCGCAACGGCGACGUCUACGGAAGCGUUUACCGCGGAACCUACCUUCCCGGACAGCAACGUGGCCAACUCGGACUUUACCACGGUAAUUACGGACACCUCUAACGAAAUCGCACCGGCGUACGAUCUGCUGAACAGCGACAAUUUGCUCAACCUGCCAAAUCUUCGCACCAACGAAGACCUUGAUGAGGAGGACGCGACGGAAACGCUGUCCACACUAGCCGCGUCCAUUACCGAAGCAAAUCCGAGUGCCAAUCUGGUUUCGGCCAGCCUUUCACCGCAGAAACCCUCGUACACGCCUCAGAAAUCGGCUAGCGCGGACGGUACGCGUAUCAACGACAGUCAGCAGAUUGAGUCGGAGUCCAUCCCAAGCCGUAGUUCGACGCGUGUCUUCGGUGGUGGGGUGACGAGGCGCAAGUUUACCGGCAAGUUUGUCACCACCGAAGCGCCGGAACCGACCGAACCGAUCAAGAAGUUUGUGCCAACGCGCCGUAACCGGCCAUCUUUCUCGGUCGCCCGCAAUGGGCGGCUGUCCACCACGACGGAAGAGUCGCUUGUCGCCACUACGGCAGACGGUGACAGCGGUGUGUCGGGUGGUCCCGCACCCUUCGUGCCCUCGCGCAAACGCAAACCGCUGCUGCUCGGCAGCCGCACAUCGACGACCCCGGCACCGCAGAAUGAUAGUGGGGACGACACUGCCCAACCGUCCGCCCGGCCGACCAGGCGUCGGCCGGCGUACUCGCUGAACCGUCCCGCACGGCCGCAAGCGUUCGAGAAUUCGUUCGACAAAGCGACGGUCACAUCGAAACCGGUCGAGCAGAAGUCGAUCAACCGCACCUCGGUACUGCUGCCGAAGCGGCCGAACCUGUUCGCGCGUACCACGACCACCACUAGCACGACUACGGUGGCGCCAUCUGUGGGGUCGGACGCCACCGACAGAACGACACUGGAGGAUCGGUUCACCUCCUCGGAGGAGCAGCGCUACAGUGGCGAGGAAAGCGAGGGUGAUAAUGAAAUUCAACGGCAAGGUAAGAAACUGUUUGGACAGCUCGGCAGCGACGCUAGCAACAGUUUGGUACCGCAGGAGGCUGAGACCGAGAGACCGCGUCCGGAAACGACGUACGGUGGUGUGCGACGCCCGGGAUCGCGCGUGGGUCCAACGCCGGCACGCGUCCAGCCAAACGCGGGCAGCAAUCGGUUCAUCUUCAAGAACAACCAACCGGCGGCGCCGGGUAACGCGGAAGGUACCGCGUCCGUGACCACACAGCGCACAUUUACAACGCGCACCAGACGUCCGUUCGGGAACGUUGGUGGGUACAAACCGACCGCACAGAACGGUACCGUGCUGGGCGGUGACGCGGGUGUUCCGGUUGCGGGCAGUGUCACCACACCCCGGCCACGCUUUACGCCCACGGCACGCACGCGACCAACGUUCGGCCGGCUUCGUUCGACGACCGUUUCGCUGGCGAACAAACCGGACGCUGGCGUGGAGGGUGAACGCGGCCCGGUUGCCGCGACGCAGAACGAUUUGGAGCAGGGUGCCGGUUUCGCGACCCGCCGCUACCAGCCCCGCAAACCCACCAGCCGACGGAACUUCACCUCCGUUAGCGUACCGGCGACGGCGGGCGGUAGUGGGUUGGGCAGCUUUUACAAUGGUACGCGCGCCGGACCGAACGUAACCGUGCCGGCGGUGUACUUACUAACAACGAAAGAUACGGCAGAGGGUGUAGCACAGACGACACCACAAACGAACAAGGAGACGACGCUGGCCGCGGCCGAGUUUCCCACCGACGACACAAAACAGCCACACGUUUCAACGACCGCUUUCACCGUUGCCCCUAUCGCUAGCCAGCACGGUACGGAGGAGCUAACACCCCCCACCACCACCACAUCACCCUGGCUACUCGAGACAGUAAGCGGGGCCGAAAACACUACCUCGUACGAGGAUACAGUCAACACAUUCAGAACCACCACCGAAUACUACACCGCAUCCGAUGAGACUCACUACACGACACUGAAUACGGCCGACACGAUCUACACGAUUAACGAUAAUAUCGAUAUUGAUGAUGUCAAUGUAUUGCAGGACCGUAGUAGAACGUCGACGACCACCGUGAAGCCGACCACGCUGUACCACGUGUUCUCGAUCGAUAAGGAAAACGAAUCCGUGCCGUCGUCGACCGAGAUUUAUCGGACCGAGGAGCAGGAGAUCGAGCUGCCGGCGGCGAACAGGACGGACAAGCUGGUGAAGAUACACCGGGUGGUGGAGAUCUACACGAAGAACACCAGCAAUCCGGACGAGCUGCCCGUCAUGCAGAAGCUGGGUGAGAUCAAUCGGAAGAUUAUCAUACGGCUGGUGGAGCCGAACCGGGCCAACAACCGGACUGGCAGUGCGACCAGCACCAGCAGCAGCAGCUACACGCCCACCACGCUCGGUGGCGGUGCCCCGGUGACGGAGCGCGUCCUCGACGAGGAAGACGCGGAUAGCGGGCGCGGGCGCUCUGUUGUGCUGUCCUCGAACAGCGUGUUCACCGUGGAGACGUCGACCAUACCGCUCGAGGGGUUGUUCGACCCGGAGAAGGGCGUUGGGUUCCCGACCACCGACCUGCCACCGCUGGUGGAUACAGAGCAGGAUGUGGCAACCGUGGCGCCUCAUCAGGAAAUCGAGCGCAUCUCGAGUGUGGACUUUAGCUCGGCUACUGGGGCGAGUCCACCGGAGCAGGAAGACGAACUGCCGGCAGUGACACAGUUUGCGGCAGAAACGGAUCGCUACGUGCAGGUAACUAGCUUGCGGCCGGACCUGACGGACGCCACAGAAACGGAGCCGGUCGGCGGGGACCGACAGCGGGGCGGCGGGUACAAACCACAGACGACUGACUACUACGGUCCGGGCGAGGAACUAACCACCACGGUGGCGGUCGAGGCGGAAGACACCACCGUCAAGAGCGUCACGUUGAGUUCCACCCGGACAACGCCGGUGGUAUCGUCGUCGACGCAGCGCGAAAUCGUGCACAAGUACACACUGCCGGCGGAGUUCUCAUUCCAGGAGCCCUCGAGCGAAACGACCACCACCAAGACGACCACUACGACGACACCCGCCACCACCAGCUCAACUUCAGCUCCGGAGCUACUGACGACCACGGCGGCAGACCUGCCGUCCGACAGUGGCACGGUGGUCGAUCGCGUCCAGUCGCUGGUGCUGCCGAGCAAAGAGAGCAAGAGGAGGUACACCAAGCGCCCGGAACCGGUCCUGACCGCGUCGCGCGUGUCCGACUUUGCGUACAGCAAGGACAGUUCCGCCGAAGCUGACGGUGAGCGGGUGUUCGCCACCACCGAACCGUUGCCCAUGACCGAACCGGUACCGAUCACGACGACCAAAGCGACCAACACACGCCAUUACACAAACAACCGCAAGUACGUGUCGUCCCUGUCGUUGCGUCCGAACUUUAGCACACCGGACGCGGCACAGAGCGGUGGCGGUCCGUCGUACAGAAAGUCGAAAGACAUCCCCGUAGUGCCACUGCCGAAGGUGAUCGGCACGAAAUCGUCCACGUACCGCGUACCGACCACUACCGAAACGACGACGACCACUACCACCACGACCACCACGACCACGCCCGCACCGAUCACUAAGAUAGACUUCAACAUCAAGUACGUGCUGCCGGUGAAUCUGCCCGACGCGCAAUCGCACGAGCUCAAGAUUGAGAGCAAAAAUGACAAGUACAGCAUACCGCUCUCACCCAUACUGCGGCCCGAUUUUACCACGCGCGAAAUCUCCGGCGAGCGGCAGGAUCGGCAGUUCUCGCCCGUCUACCGGCCGGAGCUCGAUAACGAUGAGCUGACGCGCCAGCUAACCAGCGACGCCGAUCCGGUUGCCCUCGAGGCGGAACAUCUCGAUCGCGAAAUACUCGGCGACGGUGACAGUAGACAGUCGGCGGAGAGUGGACAGACGCCGCUCGGCGGCGGUACGGCAGCACAGCUCGUCAGCCAUAGUGUACCGUCGUCCGCGGCAUACUUCUUGCGCCGUACGGCCGAGGUUAGUUAA